AUGUCAGACCCUCUCUACUAUGAGAAUAGCUCCUUCCUUCUUUGCGUCAAGCAAUUUGGAAACAGUAUGAACCUCCCCGAUCAAGUGAGUUCCAGCUUUGAACAAACACUCGAUGAUUCGUUGAUUCUUGCUCCUAUUCUUAACGAUUUGCCUCACAAGGACGUUCAAUCUAGCAAGCCACCAAGGCUCCCAGGUGUGCAGUCCAUCAUGGAACUUACCGACAUGUUACCGCCAACACCAGGUGGUAUUUUAAACCUGUUCCGCGGACCAUACUCCCACCUUUACCUUCCUUCUUCUCCUCUCUCGUCCAGGGCAACUAAGGCUAUCGACUCAGGGACCAUUUCCUUUCCCUUGUAUAAUUUGCCCAAGCCUGCUAACGAUUUUGGCACCAUUUCCUUUCCCUUGUACAAUGUGCACAAGCCAGCCAGCGAAACAGAUACAGAGCUAUCAGACAAACCUGGGAUGGGGAGCAAGAAUAACUCCAACGAUUGCGAUAAUGAAGGGGUUCCUGCAGAAACUGCCCCCGCUAACGGUGACCAAGGUGACCCAAAUUUCGCACCCAAACUCACAUUGCAAGGCUUCACAGAAGAGGAGUUACAGGACUACGAACUACAUCACAACGACUACCUGUGUGGAGUAUCAACCUUCAGAUCUACCGCUUGCAAGCGUAACCUCACAUGCAGAAGUCAUCCACUAGAACAGAAACAGCUUGUCCCUCGAAGUAAGCCCUUUGACGAGCUUAUUCGCCAGGAGAUACAACAACCCAGAGAGGUGGCUCGUAAAAGAAAGUUAUACAAACGGAUUGCAAUUGCAAAGCUGGAGCUUGAAAAACGGAACCUCGUUGCUUUGAAGGUAGCAGCAUCAAAUGGUUGCACUAACAAGGAGCUUCUGAAGUUUAAUCAAGAAUGCUUGGAAUACGGAGACAACAAUUACAUGGAGAAGGAUUGUGACGAAUUCCGAGCACCACAGGAACAAGGGUCACUAUACAUUCGUCCUGUUCUACUUAAGUCGAUAGGAAACAAUCCGAAUAAUAUGGGGGUUGCUAGCUCUACAACAGGCACCCUGAUUGUGCAAAGCUCUUAUACGCACCUCGAAAGAUAUGAAAACUUUCCCGAAACCAAAUAUUGCCCGUCCAGUAUUUUCAACGAAAAAGCAAGUACUAGCGCUGGAAAUUCGUCACAAUCAAAUGAGUUUAAGAUGAAUCCCCGAAUAAUGAAUACUGAUCAAAUUUUUAAAAUUCUUCAAAGGAUUACCACCAAAAAAUUGAGUCAAAAAGAACUUUAUAUUCAUAGCCUUUCAAGGACCACUGGAGUAAACAUCAAUGAAACUGUUGCAUACCUACAUUAUCGUCUUAGGGAUUAUGAUAAAUAA